UAACUUCACUCUCCACCUAUUAUUCACUCACUCUCUAAUUUUUCUAAAACAAAAUCCAAAACGCUCACAUGCUCUGUUUUACUUUCCUUUUCUGAUCACAAUACUAGUUUUGUUAAAUCUUUUAUUUGGUAUUGUUAUUGUUAAAUCUUUUUUGUUUUUCUUUUUAAAUUGAAAUGUCUAGUUUAUUGUUCUUUUAUAGAAACAAAGCAAGCCCAUUUAAUUAUUUGAUCUGAAAAAGAGUUUGCAGUAUCACAACCUUCAAAACACAUUGUUGUGAAGUAAAAUUCUCUUUCAGAGUAGGUUCUAUUUAUAUAUAUUGUUGUGAGAUUAAAGUCUCCUUCGGGGUAGGAAAAAAGGGUUUUUUUCCAAUUCCUCAAAAUGAGAGGAGCUGUUCUUGUGGCACUUGCUGCUGCUGUUGGAAAUAUGUUACAAGGAUGGGACAAUUCCACCAUUGCAGGAUCCCUUCUUUAUAUCAAGAAGGAGUUCAAUCUGCAGACACAACCAACCAUGGAAGGGCUAAUUGCAGCCAUGUCACUUAUUGGAGCUACAAUUAUAACAACAUUCUCUGGACCUGUAUCAGAUAUAUAUGGAAGGCGACCAUUGAUGAUAAUUUCUGCAAUUAUGUAUUUUCUUAGUGGUCUGGUGAUGUUUUGGGCUCCAAAUGUUUAUGUCCUCCUUUUGGGAAGGCUACUGAAUGGAUUUGGGAUUGGUCUUGCUGUUACUAUUGUUCCUGUUUAUAUAUCUGAAACUGCACCAUCAGAAAUUAGAGGGCAACUGAAUACUUUUCCACAGUUCAUGGGUUCUGGUGGAAUGUUUGUGUCAUAUUGCAUGGUUUUUGGUAUGUCAUUAAUGGACUCACCAAAGUGGAGGGUUAUGCUUGGAGUUCUUUCAAUUCCUUCUAUUGCUUAUCUUGUAUUGACAAUUUUUUACUUGCCUGAAUCUCCGCGGUGGCUUGUGAGUAAGGGAAAGAUGAGCCAGGCUAAACAAAUUUUGCAGAGACUUCGUGGAAGGGAAGAUGUUUCAGGUGAAUUGGCUUUGCUAGUUGAAGGUCUUGGUGUUGGGCGAGAAGGAGCUAUAGAAGAAUACAUUAUCGGUCCAGCUAGUGAUGUUGAGGCUAAUGAGAAAGGUCAAGUGAAAUUAUAUGGAACUGAAGAGGGCGUUUCAUGGGUUGCUAAACCUGUAACAGGACAAAGUAAUCUUGGAAUUAUGUCUCGACAUGGAAGCAUGGCAAACCAAAACGUGCCUUUUAUGGAUCCUCUUGUAACUCUGUUUGGAAGUGUUCAUGAGAAUGUUCCUGCAAUGGGAAGUAUGCUGAUUCCAAGCACAGGAAGCAUGUUUAAUAUGACAGGAAAUCAAGGCAGAAAUGAACAAUGGGACGAAGCGAACCGAGGAGAUGAUGAUGAUGAUGAUGAUGAUGGUGGAGAUGCAAAUGCUGAUUCCGAUGAUAAUAUGUGCAGCCCUUUAUUGUCGCCACAAGUUUCUACCGUAGAAAGGGAUGGUGCUCGUCCCGCAACCAGUAUGUUAAGCAUUAGACGUAAUAGCAGUCUAUUCAAUCAUGGAGGCGAAGAAGGUGCUAUGGGUAUUGGAGGUGGUUGGCAAUUAGCAUAUAAAUAUUCUGAGACAACAGGUAAAGAUGGCAGAAAGGAAGGAGGGCUUCAAAGGAUGUAUUUGAAACAAGAAGCUAUGGUUGGUUCUCGACGAGGAUCACUCCUUUCUGUAGCUGCUGCUGAUAUUCCUGAAGAUAGCGAAUAUGUACAAGCUUCUGCUAUUGUCAGCCGAACUGCUGUUCGCUCUAAGCAAGUACUUGAUCAGGUUACUGAUGGAUCAGCAAAUGUUGAACCACCGGAAAUACCUGAUAAAGGACCAAGCUGCAGCGAACUUUUUGAACCUGGAGUUAAGCGUGCAUUAAUUGUUGGAGUGGGCCUUCAAUUACUUCAACAGGUCUCUGGGAUCAAUGGGGUUCUCUACUACACUCCUCAGAUUCUCGAACAAGCAGGCGUGGCAGUUCUUUUGGCAAACAUGGGGUUGAGAUCAGAUUCUGCAUCUCUCUUCAUUAGUCUCCUCACUGCACUCUCAAUGCUUCCUUGCAUAGUGGUUGCCAUGAGACUAAUGGAUGUAGCUGGUAGAAGGGCAAUAAUGCUAUAUACAAUUCCUGUCUUGAUCGUCUCGCUCCUCGCAUUAGUCCUUAGCAAUAUUGUCAAUAUUGGAUCGGUUUUGCAUGCAAUAAUCUCAACAGGAAGUGUUAUGUUCUAUAUCAGCUUUUUUGUUAUGGGAUUUGGUGCAAUUCCUAAUAUAAUUUGUUCAGAAAUAUUUCCGACAAGCGUUCGAGGACUUUGUAUCACAAUCUGUGCUAUGACAUAUUGGCUUGGAGACAUUACCAUCACUUAUAUGCUUCCUAUUAUGCUUAAAUCCAUUGGCCUUUCUGGUGUGUUUACAUUCUUUUCAAUAGGCUGCAUAGUUUCCUGGAUUUUCGUUUUCUUGAAAGUUCCUGAGACAAAGGGCAUGCCUUUAGAAGUGAUUUCUGAGUUCUUUGCUGUUGGUGCAACUGCAAUUCCCAAAGAUGAAUGAAUUCAAAUGCUCAAUCUUUAUUAGAGUGAUUAGAAGAGUGUUUGGAGUAUGUAACAGCAGAAACAUCAACAGUAAAAACAAUGAAAAGAAGAGGAAACAAAAUGGUAAUGUUAUAAUUUUGGAACAAAAUGAUUGUAAUUGGAUCUUCAAUUGUCUGGAAAUUGAAAUUUGUCAGCUUUUUUUUCUUA